UUUACUCUCCCUUUCCUUAUUCAAAGGGAUACCCCGUGCUUCUCUCGUAUUUCUCUGUGGUUCAUCGUAACCGUAGCACCGACCUUUCCUCUCAGCCAUCCUCAUCCUUCAACAUUCACUCAUCUCUCUAGGAUGCAAUCAAGAUCUAUGGAUCUUGGUCCCCCUAAGAUGGGAUCGGAUGGUGGAGCAAGUUCAAAGAUUAACCGUAGUGGAAAUCUAAGCAGUAAAGAUAUGAUUUUCAGAGCUGAUAGAAUUGAUCUGAAGAACUUGGAUGCUGAUCUAGAAAGGCACAUGAGCAGGGUUUUUUCUAGAAGUAUUGAGGCAAGUAGGCCUAAAGAAGAGUGGGAGAUUGAUUUGGCUAAAUUGGAAAUACGAUAUGUUGUUGCAAAUGGGGCUUAUGGCACUGUCUACAGGGGAACUUAUGACAACCAAGAUGUUGCUGUGAAAGUGUUGGACUGGGGUGAGGAUGGUGUUGCCACUGCUGCUGAAACUGCUGCUUUACGAGCAUCAUUUCGGCAGGAGGUUACUGUGUGGCAAAAACUUGAUCAUUCAAAUGUCACAAAAUUUAUUGGAGCUUCAAUGGGGACUUCAAAUCUUAAGAUUCCUUCAGAUGCUGGUGGUCAAAACCCCCUUCCUUCCAAGGCGUGCUGCGUUAUUGUUGAGUUUGUUCAUGGUGGGACAUUGAAACAAUUCUUAAUGAAAAACAGGCGAUCGAAACUUGCAUACAGGGUUGUGAUUCAGUUGGCUUUGGACCUCGCAAGAGGUCUUUGUUAUCUACAUUCGCAGAAAAUUGUUCACCGCGAUGUAAAAACUGAUAACAUGUUGCUAGACGAGAAUCUAAAUUUGAAAAUAGCUGAUUUUGGAGUUGCUAGGGUUGAAGCGGUAAAUCCAAGUGAAAUGACGGGCAGUACUGGAACCGUUGGGUAUAUGGCACCAGAGGUUAUAUGUGGUAAGCCUUACAACAGAAGCUGUGAUGUCUACAGCUUUGGCAUUUGCUUGUGGGAAAUUUACUGCUGCGACAUGCCUUAUAUGAAUCUAAGCUUUGCUGAUGCGUCAGCUGCGGUUGCUGAUAAGAAUUUGAGACCAGAGAUUCCUAGAUGCUGUCCAAGUGCAUUAGCAGAUAUAAUGAAAAGAUGCUGGGACAAGAAUCCAGAAAAGCGUCCGGAAAUGAAAGAUGUGGUGACAAUGUUGGAAAAAAUUGAUACAAGCAAAGGAGGCGGAAUGAUAAGAGAAGACCAGACUCCAUUUUGUUUUUGUUUUAAACCUGCUCGUGGCCCAUAAUAAUCAUACUCAAUUUUUAAUGAGUAUAAUUAUGUACAUUAAGUAAGUCAUUGUCGUCUAUGGAAAUAUCGGAGUUGUUGUCUAUGGAAAUAUCGGAGGUAUGUUGCAGCCUUCAACUGUCAUUUGUUGGCUUGCUUGUCAAUUUACUGGUUGACUUCAUAUAUAUUUUAUAUUAGAUAUUGAACUAGUAUUGUGUUGCUUGCUGGUAUUGUGAGUCAUUGAU